AUGGUCCACACGUUCACCAGCACCUCCGUCCCCGCCGGCACGUGGUACCCCGCCACCGUCGUAUCCUCCCGGCUGUACCGGGGGAUCAGCAUGGGAACCACCGGGUGGAGCCGCAUCGUCUCCUUGACUAUGGACUCGAUGAAGGGCAGGUUCGGGAUGUCCUUCUCCUCCACACACCGCUCCCUCCCCACCACCCGGUCGAGUUCCUCCCACGCCUUCUCGAAGAUCUCCGGCCUCCGGAGAAUCUCCGCCAUCGCCCACUCCACUGUCACUGCCGAGGUCUCUGUCCCCCCUGCGAUCAUGUCCUGCAGACCAAAAAUAUAUUUUUUGCUCAAUCGAGAGGUGGGAGAUGGCGUAACAGAGUUGGGGAGUAGGGCCGGGGGCGCACCUGGGUGAAGCCCUUGACGCCGUCUCUGGUGAGCUUGACGCUGAGGUUCGGGUCGUCGGCGAGCUGCAGCAGCACGUCGACCAUGUCGGCAGGGACGAACUCCGGCCCCGCCCGCCCCCGGCGGUCCUCGUGCUCUUCGAGGACGCGGUCCAGGAAGGCGUCGAAUUUCACGCUCAGAGCCUUCAUCCUCCUCACGUAGCCCUGCAGGUCGAGGAAGUCCAGCCAGGGGAUCAUGUCGCCGAUAUUGAGCACCCCGUUGAGGAGGAAGAGCUCGUCCAGCAUCUUCUUAAACUCCUCCGGCGACACCACGUCCAUCGCCGCCUCCUCCCCGAUGUACGUCUUCCCCAGCGUCAUCCGGCUGAUCACGCUCAGGCUCAGCAAGUUCAGGUGGUCCUUCAGCAACACAGCGGCGCCGCCGGUGGUGGCGCCGGCGAGCCGGGCCAGCAUCCGCUGCGUUUCCUCCAGCCUGAUGUAUUCGUAGGAGUCGAGCCGCUUGGCAGAGAAGAGCUCAGUGAGGCACAACUUCCUCGCCUGCCGCCAGUACGGCCCGUACGGGGCCCAAGCGAUGUCCGAGUAGUUGUAGGUCGUGUACUUGCCCGCCGCCGUCCGCGGCCGCGACGCGAAGACGAGGUCCUGCUUCUUCAAGAACUCCCUCGCCAUCUCCACAGACGACCCCACCACCACCCGCUGCGAUCCCAGGUAGAGCUGCAUGAUGGGACCGUACUUCCGGGAGAGCUCGUGGAUGGACCUGUGCGGCAGCUCCCCGAUGAGGUGCAGGCUGCCGACGAUGGGCCACGGCCGGGGGCCCGGCGGCGGAGGAGGCCGCUCCUUCCGGUGGGACGCCAAGAGGACCCUCAAGAUGGCGGCGGAGGCCAGAAGCGCCGCCGCGUAGAGGGCCCAGGUGGGGAGAGCGCCUCCGUCCAUGGGCGCCGCGGGGAAGUCGGAAUAGGGAGCUGGUAGCGUCGCUGGUGGUGGUGGUGGUGGUGGGGGUGUGUGGUGAGGGGUACAAUUUAUGGAGGAGGUGGCUCGGUGGGAGGGUCGGACAUGAGCUCGCCUGUGGUCUGGAGAGAGAGAGAGAGAUUGGCAAGUUGUGCAGAAGGGAUAAGAUAGCUUACUUCGGGCGUAUCUAAGGAAACCCUUAGAUGCGCCCAAAGGAAGUGUUAUUUGCAUGUUCAUUUCUUUCCUAUGUAUAUCCCCUUUUCACAUGCACAUUGAGAAGUUUUCAUUAUCAUGAAUUAAUAAUUAGUAAAUAAUAUAGUUUUAGUCUUAACUCAUGAUAAUUAGAUUUAUAUUUAUAUUAAAGUGUGAAAAGUGGUUUUUAGUUGAUUAACCUGAAUUUUUAG